AUGAGAUUUCUAUCAUUCUUGGCUGCUGCGACCUCGGCUGCUCUCGUCGACGCUCGUGCCGUCAACGACCUGAGUGCUCGUCAGGACUCCAGCUAUGUCGGAUAUCUCAUCUCGACAUUCAGUGACCCCACUCCUCAGGUUCAGUGGCAUCUUUCCGAUGGCGACAGUGCAUCGAGCUUCAAGUUCUUGAAUGGCGGAAAACCUGUCUUGACCUCGAACGUGGGCACCAAGGGGGUGAGAGACAUUUUCCUCACCACCAACGCUGCUCGGUCCGAGUACUUUAUCAUUGCAACAGACCUUGAUAUCAAUGCAGAGGGCUUCAACUGGGACUGGGCUACUCGGCAUGGUAGCCGUGGUCUGGUCGUGUGGUCCUCGAAGGAUUUGGUGAACUGGACCAAGCCUUCAUUGAGGAUUAUCGAGACGGAGACCGCUGGCAUGGCUUGGGCCCCUUCUGCUGUCUGGGACGACGCUACGAAGCAAUACUAUGUCUUCUGGGCAUCCCGUCAUUACAGUUCCUCCGACACCGGUCACACCGGCGUCGCCAACCUUGACCGCAUCCGCUAUGCCACCACCAAGGACUUUGUCAAGUUUAGCGCACCAAAGGACUACCAUGCUCUCCCCGACACUCCCCUCAUCGACCAAGAGUUCCAGUACCUAGGCAAGCCAGGCAACUAUGUCCGAUUCCUCAAGAACGAGACGGUGAACCAGGUCUACCAGGAGAUAACCGAGAACGGACUAUUUGGAACCUGGACCCGAAUCCCUGGAUACGUGCGACCCGAGACGCCGCUCGAGGGCCCGGCGUCGUUUGCCGAUCUCCGCACGUCUGGGUUGUAUCAUCUUCUUCUUGAUGACUACACGCAAUACGUGCCCUUCCAAACUUCCAACAUUCUUUCACCCAAGUGGGAGAGGUCUAACCUUCCCAACUUCCCCAAGGGACUGAAGCACGGCUCUGUUACGCCGUUGACCCGAAAGGAAUACGACGCCGUUGCUGCCAAGUUCCGUAGCUAA